AUGGCAUAUCCAUCCCACUAUAACGGCGGUGAUUGCCCGCCAUCACAUCCUGUUCGUCUACCUGGAAUCUUUUAUGAAGCAUUCUACUCAGUAGAUCAAUUUCCACAUGGACAAGGCAUACAGCCAUUUGUUCUGUCCAAUGGAGAUCCAACAGGCUACGGUUUCCACGGAGACUUUGUAAAUGGAUGGGAUACGGACGUAGUCAAAUCAGUGAUUGCCGAUGAUUCAUGCAAUGCAGAGAACACCGAUAAUGGAAACAAGCCUCAAAAAUGUUUACCAUUGAAACCCUUUGUCAAGACGCGAGUCGAUGACGAUUGUGAACUAGCCAGGCCGAUUCCAUUGACUGAGAAUAUUGGAAUGAUCGAACCCAUUGAUCGUUUACCUGGAUGUAAUCCAAUUACUUAUUCAAAUGCCGUCAUGUGUUCGCAAGGAGCCGAACCUAGUAGCAUGAACAAUGAAGGAACGUUCCAUAUUCAGUCGAAAAUCACCGGUGGUUAUCUAACCUUUGAUCCUGACACUGAGCGAGUGUUUGCCAAUGGUUCCGCAAUCAAUCUUACCUAUCGUCAAGUGUGGGGUCUCGGUUGGGCUCCUCGAAUUCAGGGGCACACAGUGCGAAAUUCAGAAAUCAACAAGCAUUUGACCAUGCAGGACACACUCAAAGUCAAAGGUGUUGUCAUUGAUGCUUGGGAAAUUUUUUCAUUUGAGAAGCAAAUCGAUAGUGAAUAUGUAGCCAUCAAAAACUUUCGACAUGGAAAAUAUCUCAAAGUUGAAGAAGAUUUUACUAUUAGCGGCCAAGCCACGUUCAUUACUGAUGCUUGUCUAUUCAAGCUCGUUACACCCAAUGGAGGCUUCGUUCCCGAAGGCAUUAAGCUUGCUGAUCUUCAGCAACUCACUUCUAUGAUUGGAUGA